UCAGUGGUAACAGGGAUCUGAAAAUAAAUCUGUGUCGGCUCCACUGGUGUUUACUCCGUGCAAAUGUGAACACUGACUGGGUGAGUUUGCGGAGAGAUGACUUGCGAGUUUCAAAACAAACGCAACAGAACGAGGUGAUGUCUCCACCGGCCAAGAAGUGAGCGCUGACCCGGUCUUUGGCUUGGAAAUGGGGGUGGGAUUUAGCGAUCUUUCCUGUCAUUGGUUAAUAUUUUAUUCUGUUGACAUGUUUUCUUACUGCUAAUGCUUCCGACACCUUCUUGUCCCCCCUCCUCUCGCCGCGUCUGGCCGGAGCUGUCAGAACCACGCCUAUAGGGGGCCACAAUUGGUCCAGAAAGCGUAAAAUCAGCAAUCAAAGGGGCUUGGUUCAUUAGUGUCGGGGAUGGAGGCAGGAAGGACAUGUGAGAUAGUCACUGAUCUGCACUCAGAGUGGGAUGACUGAAGCAGAGGAGCUGCUCUUUUCUCUCACAGGAACACGGAGCAGUCCGGCUCGGCGUGCUCUUAGUACCUUCCACUGAAGCUCCUCGACACGGACCAGGAGCAGAAACACUGAAGCGAGCGGCUUCGGCUUGUCUUUUGUCACCCCGGGAACGCGUCAAGUCUUGAACGGGGCACCGCGCAGCUCGGCGCCGCUUCACCACUAACUCCGUCCCGAAGCACGGACUUACUCGAUCGAGGGGGAAUAUCACUACCAAAUCCAUUUUUUCCUUUUCGCAUUCUGUGGAUGCACCGAUGAGAGAUCCAGUUUUCACAGGGACUGCAAUGGCUUACCACCCUUUCCACGCUCACCGGCCGACCGACUUCCCCAUGUCCGCUUUUCUCGCGGCCGCUCAGCCCUCCUUCUUCCCGGCUCUCAGCCUCCCGCCUGGUGCGCUCACCAAGCCCAUCCCGGAGCACGGCCUGGCCGGGGCGUCGGAGGCUGGACUGCACCCGGCCCUCACCCACCAUCAGGCGGCUCACAUGCGGAGUAUGAAGAGCCUUGAGCCGGAGGAGGAGGUGGACGACGACCCCAAAGUUACACUGGAAGCCAAGGAUCUUUGGGACCAGUUUCAUAAACUCGGCACGGAGAUGGUUAUCACCAAGUCCGGAAGGAGAAUGUUCCCUCCGUUCAAAGUUCGAAUAAAUGGCCUGGAUAAGAAAGCCAAGUACAUCCUGCUGAUGGAUAUCGUGGCGGCGGACGACUGCCGGUACAAGUUCCAUAACUCGCGGUGGAUGGUGGCGGGCAAGGCCGACCCGGAGAUGCCAAAGAGGAUGUACAUUCACCCCGACAGUCCGGCCACCGGCGAGCAGUGGAUGGCCAAGCCUGUUGCUUUCCAUAAACUCAAGCUGACCAACAACAUCUCCGACAAGCACGGAUUUGUGCAGACCAUCCUGAACUCCAUGCACAAGUACCAGCCCAGGUUCCACAUCGUCCGGGCCAACGACAUCCUCAAACUGCCCUACAGCACCUUCCGAACCUACGUCUUCCCGGAGACCGAGUUUGUGGCUGUGACUGCUUAUCAGAACGACAAGAUUACGCAGUUGAAGAUCGACAAUAAUCCGUUUGCAAAAGGCUUUAGAGACACCGGGAACGGACGAAGAGAGAAAAGAAAACAGUUGACCAUGCCAUCAUUGCGGAUGUACGAGGACCAGUGCAAGGCAGACCGAGACGGCGCGGACUCUGACGCCUCCUCCAGCGAACCUCCCACGGUCAGAGAUUCGGUCCACUCGCCCCUUGGCGCUGGAACCAGUCCGCUUCGGUUUAGCAGGCCCAGUCGAGAUGAAAAAACCUGCACCGACAGCGAGCAGGAGUUGGACCACCACGAAGAGCGCUGCACCAGCUCCAACAGCCCUGGACCUGAACCUGUAUCCCCCUACAGCUCCAGGUGUGAGGAGCGCGCCAGGGACAGGCUUGGUGCUGAGAAGAAAGAUGACUCCAUAUUCAGUAUAAGGAAUCUUGAAAAGGACAAAGCGGACAGCCGGCACAGGAAGGACACAGCAGACGUGUUGACAAAAGACUCUGAGAGUGGGGGCAUCAGUGCCAGUAAAGAAGCCUUCUCCCCCCUAAUGGUUCAGACUGAAAGUCCCUCACACUUCAGUCCAGGCCACUUACAAAGCCUGGCUCUGUCUGGCCUGCACAGUCAGCAGUUUUUUAACCCUCUGAACACCGGAUCGCCGCUGUUGUUUCACCCCGGGCAGUUUGCCAUGGCCCCUGGAGCCUUUUCUGCAAUGGGCAUGGGGCAUUUGUUGGCUUCCGUAUCUGGAGCAAGCGGCUUGGAAAAUGGAAGCCUCUCUACUCAGGGCGCAGGAGGUACCCCCAGCCCUUUCCCCUUCCAUCUGUCCCAGCACAUGCUCGCAUCACAGGGAAUUCCCAUGCCUCCAUUUGGCGGCCUUUUCCCCUACCCAUACACCUACAUGGCUGCGGCGGCAGCUGCAGCUUCGGCGUCCGCUCUGCCAGCCACCAGCACCUCCAGUCCCCUCUCCAGGAACCCCUUCCUGGCCUCGUCCCGGCCCCGGUUGCGUUUCAACCCCUACCAACUUCCCGUGUCUCUGCCCCAGAGCUCCAACUUGCUCACAACCAGCCUGUCGGGCAGCCUGAACGCCGCCUCCGAGUCAUCCAAACCUGGCAGCAGGGAAACCAGCCCAGCACCAGAGCACCUCAGCAAUCACAAGACUGCAACCUCUGUUCCGAGGGACGGGUCACCGAAAAGCUCCAUAAAAGACUCUGUGAACGAACUGCAGAGUAUUCAGAGACUGGUGAGCGGCCUGGAGGGUCAAAGGGCACCGUCCCCUUCUGCAGACUCGCCUAAGUGACAAUAUGUAGUCAGCUAGGGAAGGAGAUUUGGCUUUAAUUGAGCACACUCAAGAGACUGGGAUGGAGGUAAGACUAGCUCUGCCAUUUUAGAAAAACUGCAGACUAGCCGAGCAUCUCCUCCAGUCUAAGAUGAGUUGCUACCUAUAAAAGAAUCAAGUUACAUAAAAAUUUGAACAAACUUAAUAAAUAAAUUAUGCAGAUAUUAGCAUACAUAUGGACAUUUAGACUGAGGUCAUUUUCAAAAUAGUAUUCACAGUGACCACUAAAGGACUAAAGCAAAUCCACUACAGAAGUCAGACUUGAUCCACGUGCGCGCACAAGGCCAGUUCUGGUCCAUAUUCCAGACAGAUCCAUCAACAGGAUGCUUCAUCCAGCGACAGUCAGGCAUCAAAGCUGUGUCCAAAAACUUUUAUUCUCCUGGCUUGAUCCUUUUCUGGAUGUUGGUCUGCAACGGAGAAAGAAGACUACCAUUUCACCAUUUUUGUUUCUGAACUAUUUAUGUGAUUGAAGAUAAAUGAAAAAAAAAAAACAACAACAACAAAUCUGUAAAUAAUGCUAAAAUCCAAGAAUAUGCAAUUGGUAUUAAUUUAUUCCAUGCUGUAUAUUUGCGUGUAUAUAUAUAUAUAUAUUUUAGAUUUUUUUGUGGGGCUUUUUUUGUCUUUUCAUCUGCCACCAUUUUACAUAAAGUGUACAUUAUGAAAAAGCUAUUUAGCGCUUGUUGGUUUGGAAAAGAAAACUGUAUGAAGUAUUGCUGACUUUAAUUUUAUUUGAGAAGAUGUGUGUGUGCCAUGUUUUCGUCUGCGUUCACCAACAAAUAGAGAGGAAACAGAAAACACCUCAGGUUCUUUCACUCCAGUCAGGAGACGCUUACACAGUCCUUCUUCAUAUCUGUUCAUAAAUAUAUUUAAAAAAGGAAGUAUCUCGUUUAUGCUGGUUGUCCGGGUAUUUCUUUUUCUUUUCUUUUUCUCUUUCUUUUGAUUGUCUCACAAUUUCAACAAUUUCAAUAAAAAAUGUUGUGCUGAA